CACUCCUCUUGCCUCCAGUGACCUGGGAACAAGGUGCCUCUCCAGACACAAGACAUGUCCUGCUACGACCAGUGCCUGCCGCGCCUGCCCUGCCAGCCCUGUGGCCCGACCCCGCUGGCCAACAGCUGCAACGAGUCCUGCGUCAGGCAGUGCCAGGACUCCAACGUCUUCAUCCAGCCCUCUCCCGUGGUGGUGACCCUGCCCGGACCCAUCCUCAGCUCCUUCCCGCAGAACACCGCCGUGGGAUCCUCCACCUCCGCUGCCGUUGGCAGCAUCCUCAGCUCUGAGGGUGUGCCCAUCUCCUCUGGAGGCUUUGGCCUCUCUGGCUUCGGCAGCCGCUUGUGUGGCAGGCGGUGCUUCCCCUGCUAAAUCUGCUGGCCGUGGUCCUGGAGAAAGAUUCCCAGAGACUGAGAAGGUGGUAACAUCCUGGGAACAGAGCAUUGGGAUCUUGUUUCCCAAAGGGCCAAGCAAUGUGAGCAUCUGUUUCAAAAAGGACCUAGUGGUCCUUCUAUCUCUGUGGAACGGGCAGAUGGACAGCUGUCAGCAUGUUCAGCAUGCCACACAGUGCAGACUGUCAUCUGUCCCUGCUGCUUCCUGCACCAGGACCUCCCCUCAGAGUGACCUCGUUUCCUCCUUUUCCCUCAUUAAAGUUUUAUUGCAUUCCA